ACGGACGCGCAACGUCGCGACGCGCGACGCCGCGACGCGCGAGUACCAAGCGCCGCACUGUCAGUUCGCGUCCGUCUGCCGUCGCUGCGUCCUCGCCUCCGCCUCGUCCGCAGUGCCGCGAUCGCGUACGCGAUCGAACGACGACGCCGAGAGAACGACCAAGUCACCAGGUCGGUGUCCUGGAAGGGCAAGGCCUACCAGGCCGAAUCGCUCAGCUGGCAACCUAUAGAUCGAGACUCGUUCGUGAUCGAUCGAUAGACCGCCGCACCGAUACGUCCUCCGCGGUGCGUUCUCGUGGCCAAGCUGGUCUCGAGGGACUCGAGGCGUAGACUCCCCGUCUCCUUCAGGAUCCUUGAGAAUCCGCAGGACAACAAGUCGCGGCUCCGCGAAGAGACCCGGAGAGUUCGAGGUAUUUCGCGGGGAUUUAGAGAAAUUCGCGAGACAGCGGGACUGGAAAUUUGCGAGGAAGCAUGAGGCGACCCGGGUUUUCAUAGAUUCCGCGGAGCUUGGACGUCGAGCGCGGACGAGGAACACGCUCUCGAGAAGAGUGACCGCUGCGCGCCUUCCACGGUAUCUCUCGCGUUCAACAUCUUUUCGGGAAACUUCCCCCGGGAAUCUUCCGCGUGGACGAGAAGACCGGGGAGUUCGAGCUUGGGCGAUUUGUAAACGUCAGCGCGGAAUUCGCGAGGUCUCGCCCGGACAGUCGGUGGACACUCCUCGGGAUCGUUGGCGAGAACGUCCGAGUAAACGGGCUCGUGCGGAUUUUUAGUAAACGUGCUGGUGCGGAUUCCGGACUUUUAUUAGAAUUCACGAAUCGAGGGCGCGCGUCUCACGUUUUGCGGCUUCCGAAAGGGGAAUCUAAAAUACCAGCUUGGUCUCCACGAGAUCCCCGUAGAAUCCAGAGGAAGGUCGUCCCCCACCAGUGUGAAGUUGAUGAAGAGUGAAGUCAGCAGAGAGCCGAGUUAGUGUUUCGCGCGUUUCGCAACUACUCUCGCCGUCGACUGAUCGCGCAGGACUCUCUCCAUGCAGUUGGGCUUUUGGCGUACUCCUGACGAGUAGUGCUCCCUUAGAAUCCCGUUUGCAUCCUCGUUGAAUGGGGCAGGGGGCACCUUCGCUCCGCGUUUCCGGGACCUUUAAGAUGAGGAGGCGUGACAUUUAAAGGGCUUCUGGUUAUCCCGCUGCUGCGCUACCGCACCGAGCAAGUACCAUCUGAACAGUCCUGAAUACAAUAAGAGCGACAUACAGAAGUGGAAUUACCCAGAAAGCAAUAAGAGCUUGAAGUUGAUCGAUCUGCGGCCCGAUAGAUUUGAAGAAUCGGCGGAUUGAAUCCAGCUGCUCUCGGCGAACAGUAGAUGGAUCUAUUUUGAUAUCUGACAGAAUUGUCCUCUCUGCUUCAACGAUUUCGGAUCGAGAUUUGCGGCCAAUCGAUCGGCACCGAGCGCGUGUGGAUCGUGCAUGUCCGAAGUCGGCGACCCGCAGAUAACGGCGAUGAAGAUGAGCAAAGUGGGUAAUCAGACCAAUUCGCAGGACCCACAGGCGGUGAAUUCACGCGUCUUCGUCGGGAACCUGAACACGUUUCAGUGCAGCAAGACCGAUGUCGAGCGAAUGUUCCAGCGCUAUGGCCGCCUUGCCGGUAUUUCCAUGCACAAGGGCUAUGCGUUCGUGCAGUUCACCAAUCCCUUCGACGCGCGCAGCGCGUGCCUCGGCGAAGACGGCCGCACCGUACUCAGCCAGAUUCUCGAUGUGAACAUGGUAGCCGAGCCAAAGCCCCACCAGACCGGACGUAAGCGGCAAAAUGUCACCAAGACCGGCAACGACUGGGACUACUACUAUGACAGUUACUACGCGUCGACCGCAUUUCCACCACGCUUGGCGCCACCAUUGAAGCGGCCGCGCCUGAUGCCACCGACACGAGCGCAGCAUCCGAAGCUGCAGAAACAGCAACCGACGGCGAACACCAGCACAGUGCCCGACUUGAACCAACUUAAAGUAUACAGCAAUCCGGACAUACUGAUCUGCGGCAACUGCAGGGAGAUGUUCACGGAACUCGGGGAGCUGCUGGAGCACAAGCGAAACUAUUGCAAGUUGCGGUUCACAUGUAAAUGUCACACCUUCAACGGAGCCGCCCCAACAGGAGACUCGACGACGUCGUUGCUCUGCGUCCUCUGCAAGCUCUCCUUCCUGAGCGCUUGGGAGCUGAUGGUCCACGCGCAGGCGGCUCACAUGAUCAACAUCUACGAGCUGGGCACAAGGGCGCCGAGCCCACCGCGAAGUCCUAGCCUUGACCAGCCGAAGGAGUCGUCGCCUUCCCCGCAAGAUUUCCAGGAAAUCAAGGCUACGGACUGCGAGGAGCGCGCGGAGGAGGAGGAGCUUGAUGGACACGAGUUAAUACCGUCCCCUGACAGUGGCAAGUCAACGGACAACGAAGCGGCUCUGUCGCCGAUCAAGAUUCGAUCUGACGUCAACGGGUUGGAUCACGAGGACUGCGACGAAUUGAUCCACGUGGAGAACACCACGCAGGCCUGCAUCAUGCAUGCCCUCAGCAUUGACUCGUCCUUAGAAUUGAAUUCUGACACGAGCUCGAGAGUAACUUCCGGAACAGUAAUGGCCUUGACUAAUGGAUCAUUAUCAGCGAAGGAAUAAACGAGAGAAGGAGAGAAGAAGAGAGCGAGAGCGAGAGAGAGAGAGAGAGAGAUAGAGAGAAAGCGAGUGAGCGAGAGAGAAAGAGAGAGAGAGAGAGAGAGAGAGAGAGGGAGAGAAAAAAAUAAUUAAAAGAGAAGAUACAUAGAAUAUUCAUCGGAACGGUCUUCCCCGGCCAACCAACGAGACAUAUCGAUCUCCUUUAAGGAUAACGCACCCGUUUGUAUAUAGCUUAAUUGCCUAACAAAUUAUUCAGGAUCACUAGAUCCAGUGAUCUAUGCCGGCUAGUCGAGUAUCGGUCAUCUUCCCGAAACACAAAGGACAUCGAUUCCGUUUUGAACUUUUUACGUGCAGUUCCGCUGAAAAAUUCACUUUAAGCGGAAUAAGUAACGUUUAAUUGAGACAAAAACAGGACAAAGAUCACAUUAGGCUUGGUCCUUUAAAUUACUUUCGUUCUGCUCUACAUGUUCGUUCCACCGUAAGAAAUUUCUUUCGCUGCUCUUAUGUCGUUGGAAAUUACUGAUAAAACAUAAACGAAUAGUAAUAAAUAAAGAAAUACUAAAAAGUAAGAGUUUUCCGGAACCUUUUGGCAUUUGAGCGAGUUUGAUUUCGAGAAAUCGCGUGUACUGUUCUUGUUACAUCCGCAGAUUUAUAAAGCUUCAAAGUGUCGCCCAGUAAUUCAGAUUUGUUCCUCUUAAAGUCGUUAAGAGCUUUAAAUUUUGUAAGUUCUUGAAUUUUUAGAUUUUGAGAUACCGUUUUAUCUAGUUCCUAGGUGUUUGGAUGUGGCGACUCUCGGGAUCGCGCAUCCAUAUAAAUUCGUAGACCUUCUAUUCGAAUAUAUUGAAAUUACAAACGCUUGUUUCGUCGUCUCGAACGCGGAGUGUCGAAGAUGAGGGUAUUCGAGGACGUAAUAUUAGCCAAAGGGAAUCAUCGAUGGAUGUAAUGCUUCAAAGUGUGUCUGUGUGUGUAUGUCAGGAGUUAUUUAUUUACCAGUUAUCACCCCAAUCAAGUAAUCACCGCCGAUUGAUUUGCCGCGACGGUCGUACUUUUGUAACACGCGUCGAUAAUGCCGGUAAAUAAAUAAUCCUUGAAUGUCGGCGAAAUCGUUUGUUAAGACGAGGAGAAAAAGGAUACGUCUUGUAACUUCCUUUCGUAGCAGUCGCACAUGCGCGUGUAUGUGUGUAGAUUAAGUAUAGAUUAAGUCACUUUAAUUAUUUAUAUAAAUGAACAUAUCUCCCGAUACGAACAAUGCUGUCGGUGGCGGUCCAGCAAGUAAGCUCCACACAAUGCGACCUCAAACAACGAGAAGUCCUGUGCCGCCGCGACUUUCUUUCGUCAGUGUUUCGUUCCCGAAACACCGCUGCGGCGCGUCGUGUAUUCGCGACGCGCGUACCCAUCAAAUAUACAACAUGAAAAUCAAAGCGAUUGUAUGCGUAUGAGUGUUGAAUAAAUUAUCAAACGAUCAAGCUGCUUUACUCUUAGUUGAUUCUUUCUUGCGCUCGAUGUCUCGCUGGUGGCUCGCCAUCGACAGCGCCUGUAGUAUAUGCAUAUCAAAGAUCUAGACGUGUCAUUUCUUGGUACAGCCUGUACAAUUCGUAAACGCAUCGCGAGAAAAGAAAGAGGAACGAGCGAGGACACCAGCCACCAUUUACGACAGCCGGAAAGGAAAGGAAAAAUCGGUCGAGCUUUCACGAGGCCUGACGCGCUUCUCUUCCUGCGUUUUUCUCUCUGUAAAACAAACAGAACGUAAUUUAUUAUGUCACGACUAGAUGAUAGCGACGAGAGUUAUUUGUUUAUAGCCUCCAUAUAUAAACAAUGUUUUAUGGAUCAUUAAUAUCUAAAUAAAAUAUAUUACGUCUUUUAA